AUGUUUCUCCUUGCGAUAGCGUCGAGUGCGUCGCCGCAAGAUGACGAUGACUCUUUGGAUACUGACGGCUUCCGUGAAGAUCAAUAUCUUCUACAAACGCCUACGCCGGGUGACAGCUCACCAGAAUCUAAGUCAAAAUACCUCGAUAAGUACGAGUUUUAUCGCGAAGAAAUUCACGACAUUGAUGCGGAAGAAGUGACCGCCUAUGAAGACGUAACUCGGUACUACGAGCACCAGGCUAAACUUUUUAUCGGACAACGGAAGCGCCUCGCCUCCACUGAAGAUUUAGAUAAUGCCGAUGUGAUAGAUACGCUUAAUUCUACCUCAGAAUUACUGCCUUCCAAUAGAGAUAAUGAUUAUACUGGAAUUGUUAAAAUAGGUUUAGAUAGCUUUAAGAUUGCAAGCAAAGAUUUGGUAAGGCCCGAUGCGCUUCUGGUGAAAUGCUAUACGUCGCCAGAAGAAAAGGGCGCAAAAGACUCGAAGAGACCUGAAGACUGGGAACGGAAAGAGAGAAAGACUGUUGAGAGAUUGCACGGAGGUGCUGGUAAAGAUAAAGUUGUCCCAACUGAGGAACAUGUGUAUUUAAAAACGACAACAGAAAAAGUUACUCUUAACUAUACAGACAAGAUUGCAUCCACUAGUUGUGAGACGGAUGAAAGCUCAGUAAAAAUCACAGCGAGCGCUUCGGAAAAAAUAAAGCACGAUUAUUCUGAAGAUGCUAACUCGGACAAGCAAAAAGGCAAAACACCAGGACUACCAAAACUAGACAAACAUAUUAUCCAAGUCCACCAGAGCACUUCUCCCCCUUCCAAACAUGACCUAGAUCCUACUCCUGACGUGUCUCCCAUUGACCAGGCUAACAAGCCCACAUUGGAACUUAUAAUUGGUCGUAAAGAGGUCAAAACGAAAGAUGCAUCUGCCACAGCAGAAAGUCGGUUGACACUUUAUGGUCGCAAGGACGUAGAAAUUUCAAUUAAAUCUCAGUCACACAUUUCUGUAACUACUAUUAGACGCGAUAACAAUGCGGGAACUGAAACUUCCGAGAAAUUUGAUGUCGGUUUUUGCACUACGGCGGGUACUGAUAAAGUAGAACCUUUAACUUCAGAUAAAACGAUUCAAAUGGAUGAUUACAUUAUUUCCCCCACAAAAAAGCGCGAAGAAAGUGUUAACUUUAGUGGCACUAAACAAGUCUACACAUAUGAGACUACAAACGAUUUAUCAGAAAUUGCUUCUUCUGCUAGUGAGGGCAGUGCUUCACACCAUGUAACCGAUACAGGCAUUUCGUUAACCAGAGGCACAACAACCGAAACAUUAAGCAUUGGAAGAAACAUUCAAGGCCCAGGCAUUCAAACGACUGGCUUCAUAUCUGAUACUGUUGAGGUCGAAGAAGGUGAGUGCACGGAUGCCGGCCUCAGCCCCAUUCAAGCCGAUGAAACUCUUCAUCAGGAAAUUGACGACUUAACUCUGCUGAUUGAAACUGGAACUAGUCCCAUUGAAUUUGGGGAUUCGAUUUCUUUGGUUACUUCUCAUAUAGACACAUCGGAUGCAGGCACAAUAACUGAUCACGUUGACACCAAAGACGCUUCAAAUAGUCCCAUUAAAAUAGAAGAAAGUCCCAUUUUGUCUGCUGCGGAUAUAUUAAAAGACGAAGAAAUUUUGGCGAAGAGGCGAGGAUCGGGAGAUGUGAAAGCCAAAAUUAAACAACUCGAGGAGCAUGCGUUUAGACAUGCUAUAAAAAGUGAGUUUAGGAAACCAAAACGAGACAUUGUAGACUCGGAAGAUGAAAUCUCGAGUAUGAAGGAAGAAGAAGCGUUGAGAGCUUCCACAGAGACCCUGGCUCAAGUGGAUGAUGAAGAAUAUAAAAUGGAAUCUAUAAGUGAACAUAUUGUUAAAGAGCAAGUUGAGGACUUUAGUGAAAAAUCGUUGAGCGUAAGCAAAACUGCUACUCCAACACACACGAAGCAUGUAGGCAAGAAAAUUGCCGAGCUGCAAAAAAUGUUCACUUCAGAAAAUUUAGAAACUCAGGUAAAAAUAGUUCCCAACGAAUCGCCAAUCUCAAUCCCUUCCGAACAAAAGCAGUAUCAAUUAAUUAAAUCUGAAGAAACGAUGCCCAUCCAAGAACCGCAUGUAGGAGAUGUAGAUGAGGAUGAAAAUGAAGUAUUUCGAUCGGUACGUGAUAAAAGAAACUUAUUCGAAGAGCUAAUAUCUAAAUCACAAGAAGGAACACCAGUGAAGAAGCCUUCGCCUAAAAAGAAGGAUAUUCCAGCGCCGGAGUAUACUGAGCAAGAGAUACUGGUUUGCCUGAAAUCGUUGGAAGAACAAGUGCUGGAAGAAAAGCAAAGAGAGAUGGAAUAUCAGCUACAAGUGCAGGAAGAACGAAAAAAAUGGGAGAAAAAAGAGACCUCUCCUACCGAGCCAUGCGUAGAACCUGAGUGUGUGAAGAUUCGCAUUGAACCUAAACUUGACUUUUCAGGAGAAACGACUGACAAUGGCUCACAGUUGCCGGUCUCUAAACUAAAACAUUUAUACGAACAACGUGGAAUUGCAACGCUUUCCGAUAAUAUUGGAACAGAUAUUAAAACAUCUUAUUCACCUAGUGAAGCUUUCGGCGAAGCAAAAUUGGUAUCACCUAUUGAUUCUGCAACAGGAAAGGCCAAAUCAGAGCAGAGUGUUUGCAUUUCAACUCUCGAAGAAUCGAUAAUUAGAAAAUCGUCUCCUCAAACUCUAGACUUUUCAAUAACGGAGCGGUAUCCAAGCAUGAAUACAGAAGUAAAAAAAAUUAUGUCGGAAGUUUUAGAAGCUUCAAAGCAGAUAAGAGAAGAUGUUAAAGAACUAAAGCCUGACUUAACUCCAACCCCGGAUGGCCAGUUGGUCCAACUGAUUCCUUCAGAGUCGUUGGAAAAAAUCAAGGAUUUAAAAACUUUUGAAGUCACAAUUAAACCCGGGCAGAUUUCCUACGAAACGGAGAAAAUUACCAUAAAAUUACACUCUGUUAACAAACUUGAUGACAUGAAAGAGGCAGUUACAUACCCAUCGCUAAAGCCGCUCGACUCACCUAUUGGUGAGAAGAUCGAUGACGUGCAAAUCGCUACUAAACCACAUUCCCCCAUAUCUUCCGACCCAAUUGCAGACUUGAAAUUGCCAGUUCAUAGCAAGGUACAUUAUGUGAAAACUGAGAGUGACGCCAAAAAGUUCGUUGAAGUGGAAGAAGAUCUUAAAUUUCAGUCGCCUAUAUGUCACAAAGUUACUAGAGAGGCAAAAUUGUCCAUUACCGCGAAGUCGGCUGACGUGGAAGAGGAUCUUAAGUCUCCGUUACUAAAAUCUUCUGCAUUUAUGGCAGACGCAACAUUGCCCAAUCUCGAGAAGCUAGUAGAUAUGAAAAUGACUCCUUUGGAUCAUAAAGCACCGAAAUCUAUAGACGCAGAAUCCCCGAUUGCUGGAAAUGAAAAUGACGUGAAUGAGAGUCCUACUUCUCUAUUACUUACGCCUGUCGAAAUUAAAAAAGAUGACGUAAACGAGUCUCAUUCAUUGCUAAUGCUUAAAUCUGUUGAUUCUAUAAGAGCCGCGAAAUUGCCGAUUGUUGUCGAAGAAGAACAUGAUCAGAGAGAGGCUCUCAAAUCUCCAUUGUCUAAAUCUCCCGAACUUGUUAAAGACGCGAAACUACCAAUUGUUGAGAAAGUAGAUGAUCAGAAAGAGGCUCUCACAUCUCCAUUGCCUAAAUCUCCCGGGUCCAUUAAAGACGCGAAGCUACCAAUUGUCGAGAAACUAGAUGAUCAGAAAGUCGCUCUCACAUCUCCAUUACCUAAAUCUUCCGAACUUGUUAAAGACGCGAAACUACAAAUUGUCGAGAACGCAGAUGAUCAGAAAGAGGCUCUCACAUCUACAAUGCCUAAAUCUCCCGAAUCCAUUAAAGACGCGAAACUCCAAAUUGACGAGAAA